AGCUGUUUCAAUCCGUGCUGGGGUGAGAUGGUUCGUCCCGUCCGUCAGGACGACAUCGACACGGUAACUAUUCGUACCUAGUGGAGGUCUCUUUUUUUUUUCUACUCCCAUCCUUGAUAUCUCAGCACUUUGGGGCGCAUGUGCUGAAGUUCAGUUUGACUCGGAUCGCCCGCGCUGCUGCAACGUGGAGCGGCUGCCUUCUAACGGCGGUAUUUGGUGCCCGUUGCCUCGGGGGGUUUGGAGAUCGUCGUCAGUUUGGCCGCUCGGCACGCCAUGUGCCAGACAGCCGCAGAUCUCUGCUGACACGGUAUCUUCACUUGUUGCUCGUGUUGACAAGGGAAAGCCUAUUUUUCCGUUUCUUUUUCUCUUUUCUAGCGUAGCUCCCCGCCGAGGGCUUAAUACAUAACUAGCAUCAAGAGAAAUGGUCGAGAGAUGGGGGCAAUGAGGACACAUGGCAUCUUCAAAUAUCGACGAACGUUGAAUCAACCUGCCAACGGAUUUGCUCCCAGGACCCUUUCAUCCUUGGAACUUUUCUUGGUGUCUUGGCUGCCGCUUGGGCUGCGGCGUCGCAGCCGGGUUGUUUUCUGGGAUUCAUUUGAUGUUGGAGGGGAAAGGGGGGGUGAAUUGUCGCAAGCUCCAAGUCUCUUUUUCUUCUUGUUUUUAAUUUUUAGCUUAUUCUCAUCACAGCAAACCGCGGCUCGGGAUGGGUCUCUGCAAGGGAGGAAUGAGAUUGGGGAAGCGGGCGGGAAGCAAAGGCGACGCAAGCAAAGCAAGCAAGCGGACAAGCGAGUGGGGCCCAUCCCAUGCCGGCCAGCCGUUCAGGUCGGCCUGUGGCCAAGGGGGCGGGCGAGCGAGCCAGCGGCGUGCCGGCCCUACCGGUCGGUCCACUCCCAACGUCCCCCCAAGAAAGUGAUUGCUCGCUCGCCUGUCGUUCCUUGUCCCCCAUAGGUACGCCCUCGCUGGCUGGCUGCAUGGCCUGGCUGUCACGCUUCGGGCCAAAAGAAGUGUGACUUGGAUCAUUGAGAGGCGUGAGAGGCUCGCCAAGUGAGGGUGGCUUCAGCCACUGGGCGUGCUGAUCGGGCAAUUCGCGGGGCGACUGGUCAGGUUGUUGGUGUGAGCUCAUGCAUGUUUCUGAUCGGCCAGCUGCGGGAGGGUGAGCCGUGGGGUCAAGAAAUAGUCUGUUGGUGAUCUGCUCAUGCAACAACAGGGCAUGACCAUUCCCGGUCUAGUUGAGCUUGGAUGAGCUGGUUGGGGGAGGGGGGAGAAAUAACCUAGGGCGGGCGUUGUUGUUCGAAUAUGAGGUAUCAGUUUGUUGGAGAGUGAGUGAGCUAGAGAGAACAUUCGAACGACCGGCGUACGAGAUGUGUCUGAUCGGGCUGCCUAGGUGUUAACUUAACUCAUGCGUAAAUUGC